AUAUGCGAAAUGCACUGAUUCUAUAAAAAGCUGUUUCAAUCAAUUUAAGUUUUCAAAUCGAAUUCACAAUGCUCUCAGUAUUUUAUUUCACACUGUGUGCCGCGCUUGUUGUAAAAGCUUCUCCUUCGCAUAUUGAAGUUUCAACGUCUCUUGGAGAAAUACGCGGUGUUAAACUAAAAUCACGAUUAGGAGAAGAAUUUAACGCUUUUCGAGGCAUUCGAUAUGCCAAAAAUCCUAUCGGUGAACUACGAUUUAAGAACCCCCAACCAGUAGAAUCAUGGAAACCUACGGUUUUUGAUGCAACAAAAGAUGGUCCAAGAUGCCCUCAGGGUCGAUUUGAUUCCCCUGAUAAUUCAGAAGAUUGUCUACGAUUGAAUAUUUACUCCAAGAACCUAUGCUCAAAUGCAUCAAAACCUGUGGUCGUUUUCCUGCAUCCUGGAGGAUUAUACGGAUCUUCUGGACGAACUAAUAAUGCUGGACCCGAACUUCUAAUGGAUCGAGAUAUCGUCUUGGUAACAAUCAACUAUCGAUUGGGUACACUAGGUUUCCUAGCAGCUGGUAUUGCUGAAGCACCUGGAAAUGCUGGACUUAAAGAUCAAGUUAUAGCUUUGAGAUGGAUUCGAGAUCAUAUUCGGAAUUUUGGAGGUGACCCGAACUCAGUUACCUUAUUGGGUUACAGUGCAGGAAGCCGCUGUGCAAGUUUGCACAUGGUUUCUCCAAUGUCAAAAGGUCUAUUUCAUAAAGUUAUUGCAAUGAGUGGAUCACCAUUUCAAAUGGAGAAAUAUAAUGAAGAUCAGUUGGAUUUGGCGAAGAAACAAGCUAAAUUAGUAAAUUGUCCAAUCGAUGACAAAAAUGGAAUGGUAAAGUGUCUGCAAGAGACUUCUGCUGAAGAAAUUAUCAAAACUACCGAUAAUAUGUUUGAAAUUGGAUUUUAUCCACUAUUGAAUUGGAGUCCAGUCAUUGAGAAGGAUUUUGGCCAAGAAAGAUUUUUAACAGAAGAUCCUUUAAAGUCGUUUGAAAAGGGAGAUUUUCAGAAAAUACCCUUGAUUAUUGGCAGAAAUAAGGAUGAAUUUGCUCGAAUUGCAUAUUAUAACUUGAUGGAUAGUAAUAUUACCAAACAGAUGAAUGAAAAUUGGAAAAAAGUUUCACCUAUUAUGCUUCGCUAUGAAAGAAAUACCAAUGAUUCAAAAGAAAUCAGUAACCUUUUAAGAGCAGCUUAUGAAAUUGACAAACAAAUUGUUACAAACUCUACUCCCUUUGAACCUUUUGCUAAGCUUUUAAGCGAUGCAAUUAUUGGAUUUCCAGUUCAUCGACAAGUCAAUUUACUUGCUAAAUAUAUUCCAGUGUAUUAUUACUGUUUUACAUACAAAGGACGUUUCAGUGAUUUUAAAUUUCCAGAUGAUACUGCAUAUGGAUCUGUUCACCAUGAUGAACUGUUGUAUCUUUUCAAUAUCCCUCGAUUGGCACCACUUUAUUCGGAAAUGGAUCCGGAAAAUAAAAUUGUCGAAAGACUUACACGAAUGUGGACUCAGUUUGCUAAAACUGGGAAUCCAAAUAAUUCCAAGGAUGAAUAUUUGAAAAACUUGAAUUGGAAACCUUUUAAUUCGGAUGAUGAAAAUUACUUAGAAAUUGGUGAUGAACUUGUUUUGGAUGAACAAUUGUUUGUAAGACGUAUGUCUAUUUGGGAAAUAAUUUUAGCUACAAUAUCUUAGAAAAAAUGUGUAGAUAAGUAUGACAACAAAAUAGUUAUUUCUCAAUUACCUAAUGGAAAUAAAGGACUUU